AUGACCGACACCGCCAGCGGCGACAAGCUGCCCAGGCAUAGCCGCGACGUUGGGAGGGCAGCCGGGGGUUCUUCCUCCGACGCCGAUCAGCAGGCCGAUUUCGCCCAACUCAGCCUCUAUCGUUCGACGAGCGCGGGCAUUGCCGGCGCACCUGGAGAGUAUGGUGUGGUGAUCACACCAGAACUGGCCACUGAGGCCGGCGAGGAAAACGAGGGUGCAUCACAGCCGCCGCCGCAUCCCACCCUCUCCAUGGGCCGCACGAUCGCCAUCGCACUCACGACCACGGCGACCAUGGCGCUGUCUGGUGCCGGUUCGAUGAGUCUGAGCAUUGCGUUGCCGCUCAUCAUGGAGGACCUGGGCAUGGCCGAAGCGCAGCUCCAGUGGAUCUCGUCUGCCUUCUCCCUCACCAACGGCUGUUUCCUCCUGCUCGCAGGACGUGUCGCAGACGUCUACGGCCGCAAGGCCUGUUUCAUCGCCGGCGUGGCAUUCAACGCCAUCUUCACCUUGAUCGGCGGGUUUAUGACCAAUGCCGCCGGUCUGGUCGUCACUCGUGCACUCGCCGGUGUAGGCAGUGCGUUUGCUAUUCCCUCGGCUAUCGGUAUCAUCGCGUCAAGCUUUUCUGGACGGACCAGGGCGAGCGCGUUUGCUUGUUUCUCUGCCGGAGGUCCCAUCGGCGGCGGACUGGGUCUCAUCAUCGGCGGAGUGCUGAUUUCUUACACCGAUAAGACAUGGCGCGCAGCAUUGUGGACUUUUGCCGGCACCGCCGCGCUGGUGGCUGUGGCUGGCGUCGUCGCGGUUCCUCCCGACCGGGACCUGGACUCUGACCGUCGCAUCGACUGGGUGGGAGCCGCCAUCAUCACCGUCGCCCUGGUCCUGCUUCAAUUUGCCGUGUCAGAUGCCCAGACGGCCCCUCAAGGAUGGAAGAGCGGAUACAUUAUCGCUCUCCUCAUCAUUUCGGUGCUCAUGAUCGCUGGCUUUUUCUUCUGGGAGCACUAUGUUGAGACACGCACAACUCGUCCACCACUUAUGCGUAUUGCUCUCUGGACACGCGCAAAGGGCAGGCUUGCUGCGACGUAUUUGGUUGGCGGCAUUACCUGGAUGGGCUUUGCCACCAUUUUCUACAGUGCCACCCUUUUCUAUGAGCAGGUGCAACUGGUUGGCACAAUCGGAGCGAUGCUUCGCUUCCUCCCGACCACCGUUUCCGGUCUUCUGUGCAACAUUCUCGUUGCAAAGGUCGUCCACCUCGUUCCCGGCCAACUUCUCAUCUCUAUUGGCAUUCUCGCCACGGGUCUGGCCAACGUCUUCUUCGCCAUUGCCCCGGCUGACGCCUAUUACUGGCGUCUUCCAUUCAACGCCAUGUGGCUCGCCGUACUUGGAGCCGACUUCCUCAUGGCUGUCGGCAGUAUCUUUGUGUCCACCCUUGCCCUUCCCGAGGAGCAGAGUGUCGCUGGUGCCCUGUUCCAGACUCUGGUACAGCUCGGCGGUGCCCUCGGCCUGGCCUUUGUGUCUGUCGUCCAGACAAGUCUGCAAAAUAAAGCCCUCCAGGCUGGCGACGACAAAAUAUCGGCCAUCCUCAAGGGUCUCCAUGGCGGUUUCUGGUUUGCGGCCGGCACGGCUUUCACCGCCUUGAUCAUUGCCCUCACCGUUCUUCGCGGCAUGGGUCGCUUCCAGCCCAAGAAGGCUGCUGGCAGCACCACCACGACUGACACGGUGGAAACGGCCGUUGACGAGGAUCCCUCCAAGAAGGAGAAGGACCCAGAGGCCAACCCUGGUGCCGUAGCCACCACUGCCAAGGAGGAGUAG